UCAGACGAUGCCGAUGACAGGAAGUGUCAAGUCCCUGUCUUCGUCGCCGGCGGUCUCAUAGAAUGCGUCCAUUUGACCUACUCCGACAAUGCUCGGGUCGUUGUGCGGCUGAGGGGGCGUAAAGAAGAACUUCAAGUAGUCUGCGGUCCUGUUUUGCUGACCGCCCUGACCGCGUCACACAAGGUAAAGAGACAGAAGGAAUGCGAAAGGCUGAGAGGGACAAUCGGGGAAUCACCACUGCAAUGGUGCCGGCUAUCUCGCCCCUAAUCAUCAGGGCCAGAACCUCCAAACUGGUCAGUUGGUCCCCCUCCUGAGCGUAUUCCUCCUGACGGAAAGACACCUUCUUGCCCAACGCAAGUAAGGCAUCCCACGAUUGAUCGUUAUUGCGGUUCGCGGUCAGGAGAGAGGCCUGCAACAAGCACAUGGCCAGACGCGCAUUGUAAAAUAAGUUUGGCGCGUGACGAUUAUUCUUGUUUCUCGGCAAUACCACACAGGCCCAGCCAAACUUCUCGAGGGUCAACCUUUCCCACUUUAUGGGCGGGUCAUGUGCCAGCCGGGGGAAGAGACCGAAGGACAGGUCCGCCAGGAUCUCAAGAAGAUAAACCGGGCGAAUCGUACUUCCGUCCUCCAACUCUAUCGGCUUGCAGGCAGGGAUGAUGGUGUCGGUCAUGUCGGUCAUCAAGACACACACCACGUUGCCGUCGGCGUCGUCUUUCAGCUUCCCCCAUGUAUUGCACAAACGUCCAUCGGUACCAGUCCAUUGGAGAGCGAUCCGCGUGUCGAUGGCGAUGAAGGACACCUGAGAGAUCACCUGGCCGCCAAGUUGACACGUCACGACUCCAGGCGCACUGCUUUGUCAUAGAGAGAAACACAGAUAUGGAUGUGCAGGAUUUGCGCGUAGCAGGUGAACGUACCUCGCAUCCUCUCCUGAAUGUCGCAAUCUACACACCCACCCAGUGUCAAAGCAUCAAGUUGAGGUGACUUUGGUUGAUGGAUUUCGUCGACGUUGAUCUUGGUUGGGUGAGAAAAGUGGUCGGCUAGGGAAAACUCCCACACCUCGGACGAAUAUUCGUUGACGUUAGACCACGUCGGCUGAUGGGGCGGCUCCAGACCUCCACUGAUGCACUGAUGGAGGCGCCGAAGACAUAGUGGUCCUUGCAUAUUACAAACAGCAGGCGCUGCGUGUCCGAGACACAACACAACAGGUCGACCACAGUGGUGCCGUCGCGCCAUAUCCUGACGUACACACAGACAAUGCUGCAUCCCUCUCUCUCUCUCUGCGUGUGUUUGUCGGCUGCACACGUACCGGUAGACGGACUGCAGCUUAAUGCUGUGGUCGCCCAGCAGUUCGAGGAGGCCGCAGUACUUCCGUCGUGUCAGCGACAUGCCCUGCAGCACAUGCACCUGCCAACAAGACAUGGCACACACACACACAUGCAUACACACGUGAGCAUAGUUGCCGAAGUCAGUUGUCUGCCGGUUUGUUCCUACCGUCUGCAUAUGAACGGCCAGCAGGGAAGCCACGGCGUCCUUCAGGCCGUAGUUGGGGCGGACGUUUGUGUGCGCAGUCUCCUCUCUGAUCAACAUGAUACACAUACGAAUGCGGGGGGAAGACGUCGAACAACCGAUUAACACCCUUAUGUGUGUCGCCUCGGUGUCUUAGUCUACUUGCACGCGGGCCACUUGGUACGACGACGGUUGACGGUUGUUGGGGUUAUGACGGAUGAGCUUCCUGACGCACUGCAGACGCACACAUUUCAUGCCGUUGCGACCAACACUUUUUCCAAUGCCCACUCACUCACCGCCGCAUAUAUGUGUCUGUCUCUGUCUUCGUCUGUGUGUUCGUCUGUCUGUCUGUUUAUCUGAGUCUGUCUGUGUUCGUCUGUCUUCUGUCUGUCUGCUUGUUUCUCUGUCUGUCUGUCUGUGUGUAUGUCUGUCUGUCUGUAUGUCUGUCUGUUCCUUUGUCUGUCGUCGGUCUGGCUGUCUGUCUCACUCACCGCCGCACAGUAUGAAUGACCUGAGCAAAGAGAAACCGCCAUAUACACAGCCGUCCUGCUGACCAAGCUUGAUCAUCUCAUCCUCCCCGACAUCCCCCAUGAUGUCUGCAGCCGAAGAUUUCAGAUAGGCAAGACAACAUAGGAAUAACUAAGUAGAAAAAGACAGCAGGGAAAGACACCGAUAGAUUGCCUCUGAUUAACAACCCAGAUCGACUGACCUGCACCAGCAUGGACGACAACUUAAGACCGAAGCCUAACAGCGUCAUCAGGAGGGUGACGAUAGACGACAGUGGUGCGUUCUCGGCCACUUGCAUAGGAACUCGUAGAGACAU